CAAGUGAAAAGAGUGAUGACCAUCCUUUUCCUUACUAUGGUUAUUUCAUACUUGAGUUGCAUGAAAGCUGCCCCCAUGAAGGAAGUUAGUAUCAGAGGACAAGGCAGCUUGGCUUAUCCUGGUCUUCGGACAAAGGGAAAUCUGGAGACCCUCAGUGGGCCCAAUGAUGCCACCAGAGGAUUAACAUCUUUGGCAGACACUUUUGAACAUGUCAUUGAGGAGCUCCUGGACGAGCAGCAGGUCAUUCAAUCCAGCAAGGAAAAUAAGGAUGCAGACUUGUACUCAUCACGGGUGAUGCUAAGCAGUCAAGUGCCUUUGGAGCCUCCUCUGCUUUUCCUGCUCGAGGAGUAUAAAAACUACUUGGAUGCUGCAAACAUGUCCAUGAGGGUCCGGCGCCAUUCUGACCCUGCUCGCCGUGGGGAGCUGAGUGUGUGUGACAGUACUAGCGAGUGGGUGACAGCAGCUGAAAAAAAGACUGCAGUAGACAUGUCCGGAGCAACGGUUACAGUCCUGGAAAAAGUCCCAGUGCCCAAAGGCCAACUGAAGCAAUAUUUUUAUGAGACCAAGUGCAGCACGAAGGGUUAUGCAAAAGAAGGCUGUAGGGGCAUAGACAAGAGGUACUGGAAUUCCCAGUGCCGAACUACUCAGUCUUACGUCCGCGCUCUCACCAUGGAUAACAAAAAGAGAGUUGGAUGGCGCUUUAUAAGAAUAGACACUUCCUGUGUUUGUACACUGACCAUAAAAAGGGGAAGAUAGUGGAUUCAUGUUGGAUAGAUUAUAUUGAGACAAAAAUUAUCUAUUUGUAUAUAUACAUAACAGGGUAAAUUAUUCAGUAAGAAAGAAAAUAAUUUUAUGGACUGCAUGUAUAAAGGAAGUUUAUACAGUACCGUGGUUCCACAAUCUAUUUAUUGAACAUGUCCAUGACCUAAAAGGGAACAAAAGGAAAAAAAAAUUCAUUUGCGCACAACAAACAAAAUUGCAUUACAUUCCUCUAACAUUGUGAUUUGUUGCCGUUGCCAAGAAUUGAAAACUUUAAAAAAAAUUAAAAAAAUAAAAUUGCAUGCUGCUUCAAUUGUGAAUUGAUGAUAAACUGUCCUCUUUUCGAGAAAAAAAAAUUGAACCAAAACAUUCCGUUUACAUUUUAGACAGUAAGUAUCUUUAUUCCUGUUAGUAUUAUAUCUGUUAACUGCUUUUAAAUUCUGGUAGUGUUGGAAUUAAAAUAAUGUCAAGGUGCUGUUGUCAUAGUUUUCCUGUUGACCUUUUUUUAAGUUUAAAAUUCCCACAUGCUUUUAAAAGAGGAGAGACCCUUCUCCCUGCCAUUGACAUAUAUGUUCUGGAAAAACAAAUUUGGGGUUUUUUUGAUUUUGUUUUUGUAUGUUGUGAAGAUGUUUGCAAUAUCAAAUCAGA